AUGAUUGAAGCAAAAGAAUGCUGGAUAGUCAACUCGGGAGUGACGGUCGCGAAUGGGGCGAGUCCAGUCCAGGAGGCGGCUCCGAAGGCUAAGAUGCACAUACGAGAGCAGUGGGCCAAGAAGUUGGACUUUCUCCUGGCGUGUAUCGGGUUUUCUGUCGGGCUAGGGAAUGUUUGGAGAUUCCCGUUUCUGUGCUAUAGAAAUGGCGGAGGUGCCUUUCUGAUCCCGUACUUCCUGGCCGUGGUGCUGGGCGGAAUUCCAAUGUUUUUCCUGGAGGUGGCCCUGGGUCAGUUUAUGGGAGAAGGGGGUAUAGGACCUUGGAAGAUUGCACCCCUAUUUCAAGGUAUUGGAUACGCCACGGCAGUGAUCGUCUUCCUCCUCAACUGUGAGUACAACAUCAUCUUGGCCUGGGCUUUCUACUAUAUCUUCGCCUCAUUCACCUCGGUCCUGCCCUGGUCCCACUGCCACAACGAAUGGAACACCGAAAACUGCACCACGUUUGACAAACAGCUGGGCGUUCAGAACCUGACCACGUUCAACAACACUAGCCUCAUGAUGGACAGUCAAGUCGCCGUUGCCAAACGGACAGUGACCAAUAUCUCAGACACGACGACAUUGUCCAGCCUGGGGUCUACUUCUGUUGGUCAGGUGUUCAACAGAACUUUGUUGUACACGGGGAUGAGUGGCAGCGGAAAUCGCACAAUAUUUCCGGAUCCAGUCACGGAAUUCUGGGAGCGAAAGGUUCUAGGCUUAUCUUCAGGUGUGGGCGAGCCUGGGACCAUCAAGUGGGACCUGGCCUUGUGUCUGCUGCUAGCCUGGGUCAUCGUCUACUUCUGUAUAUGUAAGGGAAUCAAGUCAUCGGGCAAGGUCAUGUACGUCACUGCUACUAGUCCAUACAUCUUUAUGGUGAUUCUGCUGGUCAGAGGCAUCACCCUCGAGGGGUCUGACAAGGGCAUCGACUACUACCUCAACCCAGACUGGGAGCGACUGAAAGAUGCACAGGUGUGGGUGGAUGCCGGCACCCAGAUCUUCUUCUCCUACUCCAUCUCCCUGGGCACCCUGGUGGCGCUUGGCAGCUACAACAAGUUCCACCACAACUGCUUCCGAGAUAGCAUCAUCUUCGCCGUCGUGAACUCCAUGACAAGUUUCCUGGCCGGGUUUGUCAUUUUCUCCGUGCUGGGGUUCAUGGCUCACCGACAGAACGUCUCCGUGCAGGAUGUGGCAGAGUCCGGACCAGGAUUAGCAUUCAUAGCCUACCCCGAGGCUGUGGCUCAGAUGCCGGUUGCUCCGCUGUGGUCAGCUCUCUUCUUCAUCAUGAUCAUACUACUGGGUAUGGACAGUCAGUUUGUAGGAGUUGAGGGGUUUAUCACCGCUUGUGUGGACUUGUACCCUCACGUUCUACGUAGAAAUCACAGAAAGGAGAUCUUUGUGGCUGUCGUCUGCGUUGUUUGCUACCUUAUAGGAUUGUCAAUGGUGACUGAAGGCGGCAUGUAUGUGUUCCAGCUGUUCGACUACUACUCGGCCAGCAGGAUCGUCCUGGUUGUUGCAGCCGUUGAGAGCCUGGUAAUUGCCCACGUCUAUGGCGUCAGUCGAUUCUGUGAUAAUUUGGUCAUCAUGUUCGGAUUCACAAAUGUGGUCAGUGUGAAGGUGUUUAGAUGGGCCGCUACCGCCUGCUGGUCAUUCCUAACUCCAGCGUUCACACUGGCUAUUUUUAUCCUGGGCUGCGUCAACUACUCGGAACUGACCUACAAAAGAAAGUUUGUCCUGUACGAGUACCCUCCCUGGGCCAUCGGGAUUGGCUGGAUGCUGGCUCUGAUCAGCGUGUCUCUCAUUCCAAUAUUUAUGAUACAGAGAAUGAUUAUCACCCCCGGCAGUUUCAAACAGAGGUUGAAACUGUUAACAACACCUCACUUGCGGCGGCAUCAGCUGAGACCAAAUGAGGACAUGCAGAGGACUGUCCUACAGGAGAAUGUGUUCUAUUCCUCAGCGGAGGACAUCCAUUUGAAAACAGACAUCGAGUCAAAUCUAGAGGAUGGAAACAAUGUACUUCUGCGUAAUUACGAAAAUAGCAAGGGGAAUAAUCCAAGUCUAUCAAACACGGAGAAUAAUUUCAUUUGA